CAUUUAGUCCAAAACAUUCACAGGCAUUGUCAUUUUGGAGACAGAGUAAUAAAUAUCAAUCGAAAUAAAAUGGGAACAUCAUUUCUAUUAUUAUUAUUUUCGGUGGUUUUCGCUGUUUGUAUUUCGAUGACAAAUGCAGCAAGAUGGACAAUGGAUCCUUCUGAAAUGCUUGAAGAAAAUCGACAUGUUUGUCAAAAUUAUUUUUGCCACAACACAUCAAUCUAUUACGAUUUCUAUAUAUGCAAGCGUUCGAAUAAAAGUCUUACUGAUAUAUCAAUAACAAAAACAACAACAGAAUAUCUUCCACGUGAUUUAUUCAAAGGACUUGAGCAUCUUACAAAAUUAUCAUUAGAAAAAGUUGGUCUAGAAGAACUUGAAGAAGAUAUUUUUGAAGAUUUGAGUAAUCUUUCAAAGCUGGUUUUAAAAGCAAAUGAACUUACAGCUCUUCCAAAUACUAUUUUUCAUCAAUUAAAUAAUCUUGAAAUAUUAGAUAUUAGUUCAAACGAAUUAGAAUCAUUUGAAUCAAAUACUUUUGAAGGAUUAUUUAAUCUUAAAAAACUUGAUCUCUCAUAUAACAAAUUAAAAUCAUUGAAAGGAUCAUUGUUUAGAGAGCUUCAUUCUCUUACACGUUUAAGUUUGAGUUCAAACAAACUGACGAAACUUGAAGCUGGUGCUUUCAAUGGUCUACUACAACUUGAAUCACUUGAUAUUAAUUAUAAUAAUUUAAAUACUCUUCCAAUUGGAAUAUUUAGUGAACUGAUAUCUUUAAAAGAUUUGCAACUGGCUUCAAAUAAAUUAACUGGUCCUCUUGAAUUUGGUGUAUUUGAUGGAUUACCAAGUUUAACAAGACUAAACUUGGGUGAAAAUAAAUUAACUCUUGUACCAGAAGCUUUUUCAAGUUAUCUUGAUACUCUCAUGUCAUUGAAUUUAGAAUUAAAUCAUAUUGAAGUACUUGGAGCAAAUGAUUUUGAUGGUUUAACUAAUUUAAAAAGUUUAAAUUUAAACAACAAUAGUAUAAAACAUAUUCCAGAUGAUAUUUUUAGUCAAAAUAAAAAUCUUGAAUUUUUACAACUUGAUUAUAAUGGAAUUGAAAAUAUUGAAUCAAAUGUCUUUCAAGGUUUAAGUAAGCUAGAAAUGAUAUCAAUGCGUGAUAUUAAAUUAAGAUGUUUUGUUCAAAAAUGUUUCAAUGGACUUGGAUCAGUUAAAAUGUUUUUGUCAACUUAUAGAAAUGAAGAUUUUUAAUUAAUAUAUCAAUUUCUACAGUUACAUUAUUCAAUCGAAAUUAAUUUUUUCGAAAUCGAAAUACACAAA